AUGGCGGAGGGGCCCCGGGGCGCCCCGCCGCCGGGCUCGCCCCGCCCCGCCGUGCCGCUGCCCAACGGGCCCCGCAGCGGCGGCGGCGGCGGCGGCGGCAGCCCCGGUUCGGGCUCGGGCAGCAGCAGCCGCGAGGACUCGGUGGAGCGGAGCCCCGCGCCCGCCGCGCCCCGCGCCAGCAUCAUGAAGGACGGCUCUCGGCAGCGACCCAUGCAGAAGAAGAAGACGGUCUCCUUCAGCACCAUGCCCAACGACCGGAAGAUCAACAGCACGGCCGCCUGCAUCUCCUUCAUGCUGGAGGGCUGCGAGCUGAAGAAGGUGCGCUCCAACUCCCGCAUGUACAGCCGCUUCUUCGUGCUGGACGCCGACAUGCGCUCCGUGCGCUGGGAGCCCUCCAAGAAGGACUCGGAGAAGGCCAAGAUUGAGAUCAAGUCGGUGAAAGAGGUGCGGGUGGGCAAGAAGACCCCCAUCCUGCGCAGCAACGGCCUCUCCGACCAGUUCCCCGACGAGUGCGCCUUCUCCAUCAUCUACGGAGACAACUACGAGUCCCUGGACUUGGUGGCCAGCUCGGCCGAUGUGGUGAGCGCCUGGGUGAUGGGGCUCCGGUACCUGGUGUCCUACGGGAAGCACACGCCCGAGGCGCCGGGGACCGGCCACCCCAGCCUGCGGACCUCCUGGAUCUCCUCCGUCUUUGACCUCGCCGACCUGGAGAAGUCCGGCCGCAUCCCCGUGCCCCGGGCCGUGCAGCUCAUCAAAGCGCUCAACCCGGGCAUGAAGGUGUCCACCAUCGAGCUCAAGUUCAAGGAGCUGCAGAAAGCCAGCGAGCGCCCCGGCGCGGAGGUGGCCUGCGACCUCUUCGUGGAGGCGUACUGCGAGCUCUGCACCCGCCCCGAGAUCUUCUUCCUGCUGGUGCAGUUCUCCAGCAACAAGGAGUACCUGGGCCUCAAGGACCUGCUGAUGUUCCUGGAGGUGGAGCAGGGCAUGGAGGGGGUGACGGAGGAGAAGUGCCUGGAGAUCGUCAGCAAGUACGAGCCCUCCAAGGAGGGCCGGGAGAAGGGCUACCUGGCCAUCGACGGCUUCACCCGCUACCUGCUCUCCUCCGACUGCUCCAUCUUCGACCCGCAGCACCGCAAGGUGUGCCAGGACAUGGCGCAGCCCCUCUCGCACUACUACAUCAGCUCUGCCCACAGCGCCUGCCUGCUGGAGGACAACUUCUGGGGCCGCUCGGACAUCAGCGGCUACAUCAGCGCCCUGGGGCUGGGCUGCCGCAGCAUCGAGCUGGUGCUCUGGGACGGCCCUGACGGCGAGCCUGUGGUCUACACCAGCCCCUCGGGGGCCUCCUGCGUGCCCUUCCGCACCGUGGUGGGGCUGAUCGACCAGCACGCCUUCACCGCCUCCGCCUACCCCCUCAUCCUCUGCCUGGUGGUGCGCUGCUCGGCCGCCCAGCAGCGCCUGGCCGCCCAGUGCCUGCGCAAGACGCUGGGCGAGAAGCUCUACCUGGAGCCCCCCGACCCCGCCGCCUCCUACCUGCCCUCCCCGGAGCAGCUCAAGGGCCGCAUCCUCAUCAAGGGCAAGAAGCUGCCGCCUGGCUGCGAGGACAGCGAAGGGGAGGUGUCGGACGAGGAGGAAGGCUGGGAGCUGGCGCGGAGGCUGGGCCAGGAGGACCGGGAGGUGGCGGAGGGAGGGGGCCUGCGGCGAGCGCGGCUCAGCCGGGAGCUCUCGGAGCUGGUGAGCCUCUGCCAGGCCGUCCCCUUCCAGGACUUCGAGAGCUCGCGGCGCGGGCAGCGCUACUGGGAGAUGUGCUCCUUCAGCGAGGUGGAGGCCGGCCGCUUCGCCAACGAGUGCCCGGCGGAGCUGGUGAGCUACAACAAGCGGUUCCUCUCCCGCGUCUACCCCAGCCCCAUGCGCAUCGACGCCAGCAACAUGAACCCGCAGGACUUCUGGAAGUGCGGCUGCCAGAUGGUGGCCAUGAACUACCAGACGCCGGGGCUCAUGAUGGACCUGAACGCGGGCUGGUUCCGGCAGAACGGGGCUUGCGGCUACGUCCUGCGCCCCGCCAUCAUGCGGGAGGAGGUGUCCUACUUCAGUGCCAACGCCAAGGACUCCUUGCCCGGGGUGCCCGCCCAGCUCCUGCACCUCAAGGUCAUCAGCGGGCAGAACCUGCCCAAGCCCAAGGGCUCGGGGGCCAAGGGGGAGGUGGUGGAGCCCUACGUCUGUGCUGAGAUCCACGGCAUCCCGGCCGACUGCGCCGAGCACCGCACCAAGACGGCCCUGCAGAGCGGGGACAACCCCGUCUUCGAUGAGAGCCUGGAGUUCCAGAUCAACCUCCCCGAGCUGGCCGUGCUGCGCUUCGUCGUGCUGGACGACGACUACAUCGGGGACGAGUUCAUCGCCCAGUACACCAUCCCCUUCGAGUGCCUGCAGCCCGGGUACCGCCACGUCCCCCUCCAGUCUCUGGCCGGGGAGCCCUUGCCCCACGCCACCCUCUUCGUGCACGUGGCCAUCACCGACCGCCGCGGCGGGGGCAAGGGGCACCGCCGGGGGCUGGCGGGGCGCCGGGGCCGCCGGGUGCGGGAGUACACCUCCACCAAGGCCACCGGCAUCAAGGCCAUCGAUGAGGUCUUCCGGACGGCCACCCAGCCCCUGCGGGAGGCCACCGACCUGCGUGAGAACGUGCAGAACGCGUUGGUCUCCUUCAAGGAGCUGUGCGGCCUGACGCCCGCCGCCAACAUGAAGCAGUGCAUCCUGACGGUGGCGGCGUGGCUGCUGCACAGCGACAGCGCGCCCAGCGUCACCCUCAACCUGGCAGAGCAGUACCCCGCCAUGGAGGCGCAGGGCCCCAUCCCCGACCUGCUGCGCAAGGUCCUCACCGCCUACGAGACGAUGAUCCAGACCAGCCGGACGCUGAUCGAGUCCGCCGACGCGGUGCACAGCAAGCUCAUCCAGGCGCAGCAGGCAGGCAUGGACUUCCACAAGGAGCUGCACCACAUCGAGGCCAAGGAGGGGCUGCGGGGACGGAAGCUGCAGAAGGCGCUGGAGAGCUUCGCCUGGAACAUCACCGUCCUGAAGGGCCAGGCCGACCUCCUCAAGCACGCCAAGGCGGAGGCGCUGGACAACCUCUGGCAGAUCCACAACGCCGGGCAGUCCUGCGGCAUCGGCAGGAACGGCUCGGCCUCGCCCGAGGCCUCCCGGCUGCGCGCCCCGCUGGAGCCCAUCCCCGAGGCAGAAGGAGGCGGCGACACGGCGUCCUGCUGACCCCGGCCUGGGGCUGGGGGGACCCCGAUGGAGCAGCCCCGCUUGCGGGGACCAGGACCGGAGAGCCCCAGCCUGCCCGCGGCUCGUUUUGGGACAGGGAUGAAAAUGGGCAGGGUGCAGGCUGCAGCGGGGCUGGCGCAGCGGUGUGCCUGCUUGGGGACCAGCUCUGGGCAUGGCAGGGAGUUGGGCGGGGGGUCCCCACUCCUGCCUGCCCCCCCUGGGCUCCUGGGGUCUCAUCCAUCUCCCCCAUCUGCUUCCAGAGCAGGCACCUUGCUGUGGGGUCAGUGGGGGCUGCUGGCACCCCAAUGACCGUGUGCAUGCACCCCCAGCCUGCUGUGCCCGACCCCCCCCCUUGUAAAAAGCCACCCCAGGUGUGGGGUCCUGCUCUCAGGGCUGCAGGAUUUGCUUCCAGGGGGUCCCUUCCCCUCCCCGGUGUCUCCGUGCCCCCCCGCUGUGCAGAGGGGCUGGGCAGGCACCCGGGGAACAGCUCGCGGGGGGCGCAGGGGCUGCGGGGCCUCUGCAGACCGGAGCUGCCAGCAGAUGUGUCCUAUGGCAUCAGGGAAAUUGUCCUGGGUUUGUCCCCAGGGCGAGCACGCCCCAGGCGCGGGCGGUGAGUGUGGGGUUGGUCUGGGGUCGGACCGGGGCUGCGGAGCGUUUAUAAAGUGUGCGAGACCCAC